AUGGGAAAAACAAGUCGUGGUGACUUUGUUGUUGCGCAACAACAUCAAAAACGCGAAGAGUUGGGGCACUUCCCGAAUCAGAAGGAAAAAAUCAGAGAAAAGUCCGAGUGGAAACAAGUUGAACAUCUUCACGAGUGA